UGUACAGGCUCGACGGCUUCGAGCCAGCUCCGCUUCCAGCAGAGGUGCUGGCUGCAGCUCCACUGGUGCCACCGCUUAUCAAUAGCUGAAUGCUGACAAGGUGGGCAUGGGCCGGCUCAAUAAGCCCGAGGACAUCGCCUACGACCGCGUGUCCUUCUCAUAUACACAGGCUGCGCUGAUGGGUUGAUCAAACGGGUCAACAUCAAUGACCCGGCGGUGGAGGAGUGGAUAAACACAGGCGGUUGGCCUUGGGACCACAGGGAGAGCUCAUAGUCGCCCACGGCCUCAAGGUAUAUGACCCGAUAGUGGUUAAAGGAAUGAUAUGGUACUGGUGUAGGGGGUGAUAAAGAUAAGCAAAGAUGGGAGGAGAAUGGAUGUGUUGGCAGAUGAGGCGGAAAGCGUGAAACUGAAGCUUACGGACGGAAUAGACGUGGCAGAGGACGGAGUUAUAUACUCACUCGAUGAUUUGAAGUUGGGCUUCUUGGAAGGGAAGCCACAUGGGCGGCUUUUGAGCUACGACCUGGCCACUUCCUCCACUACGGUUCUCCUCUCCCAUCUCUACUACCCCAAUGGCCUUUCACUGUCUCCCCUUCGGGAACACCUCGUUUUCAGCGAAACCCCCCUUAGGAGAUGCAGCAAGUAUUACACCAGAGGGGAGAAGAGAGGAAAUGUAGAGUUAUUCGUCCAAGGCUUGCCUAGCAUCCCCGACAACAUUCGGUACGACGGAGAAGGGCACUACUGAAACGCGUUCCCGAUGGUAUGGUUUAAGAGUGGGGUGAUGUAAGUGGAUGUGUUUGAAUUUGUAGGGUCAUGA